CGUGAAGUAGGCAAAGUUUGACGUGAUGAAGCGUUGGGUUGCUGUUCUAAGCGUUUUCUACUACAGCGAGGACCACGAAUCGGCAGUCAACUGAUGGUGCAUCUCUUUGAGGGCAAGCAACAGGUUCUCAGCCAUGCCAACAAAAGGGAUAAUGCCACUCUUGGCUAUUCUUCUUCUUCUGUGCCCGCUGCUGCUGACAGAGGGCAGUGAAAAUGACUGUGAGUGUCCCGCAGCAGCAACAGUUUUGUCCGAGUUCCCAGUCAGGGUGGCAGGUGGAGCCUGCUGCCUCAACUACUCCGGCUCUGACUUUAGCCACGUUCAGUGGGACGUGUUCUCGUCUCAAGCUGCCCUCCGGACUCUCGACCUGUCUCACUGCAACAUCAGCCAGAUCCACCUCACGGAGAAGGGAGGCACGCCAGCCGUGCUACAGAACCUCUACCUGGGACACAACGGCCUCUCUGCCCUGCCAGAGAGCUUCCUGACCAACGCCUCAGGUCUGAGGGUGCUGGACCUGAGCAUGAACCGCCUAGAAGGGUUACCAGAGUGCUUCCUGGAGGGGUCGGAGGAGCUCCAGGAGUUGGACCUGAGAGGCAACCGCCUCACGGCCAUCUCCAGCAGCCUCCUGGUCAGACAGGGCUGGCAGCGGCUGGGACUGUCCGACAACCCCUGGGCGUGCACGUGCUCUCUAGUGGAGGGGCUUCAAGGUGACGGCCUUCACAACAGCACCGGCGGCAGCAGGCUGGCGGACGCGGUGGGGAAUCUGACCUGCGCCUCCCCCCGGAGCCUGGCUGGCCAGAGCGCGUGGUCUUUGCAGCGGACGGACGUCUGCGCCCCGGCGGGCCUCACCGCCCUCUUCAUCCUGCUGCCGCUGCUGGUGCUGGCCCUGCUGGUGCUCUGCUGGUUCUGCGGCCGAAAGAGGAAGAGGAAGGAGAGCGCGGCCUUCGGCCUGACAGGAAAGAAGGGCUCCGGCCGGGGCGGCCAGCGGGCGGACUGCAACGGGCAGCGUUGGCACCACUCCAAGCACGCUCCCGUCGGCGAGCUGGCUGUGCCCAGAGAGGGCAGCAAGGACGGCAUCAUGAAGAACCAGCUGCUGCUGCGCCCCUCGUCCGCCCUGUUGGGCAGCACGCGGGACAUCUACGAGGAGGUGGAGAUCCGUCUGGGCUCGGUGGAGUCCCUCACCCGCCCGCCCUCCUCCAUCUCCACCGAAAAGCAAGAGCCCCAGGAGCUGGGCAGCAAGCCUGACCUGGAGACCGUCAGCGUGACGGAAGUCAUGAAGGACUCGGCUGACCGGGAGAAGGCCUACCUGACCCAGUCCACUGAGUACUAUAGCCUGGUGCCAGGCAUCGAGAUCGAGGACUCUGACCACGGCGAGUAUGAGAGUGUGGAUCUGUCGUGACCCAAGCCAAUGCCAAAGGGAUUUGUUUUCAUUUUUUAUGUACCCGUGUCAUCUAUUUUGACGUUCUGGUCAAAGAGCUGGUUGUUUGACAUCAGGAGGGACCAACUGAUCUCUGGGAGUGUCGUCCAGGAACUGGAGCAGCAUAAUCCUGUCAGUUGUUCCGAGUGAAGUUCGGAGUGCUAAUAAGGAGUCUCCACUGUCAAGGGGGCAUUCCAGACGGCAAGGGCUAUUGUUUGGCCACAUUCAGAGUGUGAGAACCAUUCAGCUGAGAUUGUAGGUAAACUCAUAAUUAACCCUUUAAAAACACUGACUGACGAAUAGUGAAAUGGAAUACCUUUCCUUAUUUUGUUCCUCUGAGACACUGCCAGAGUGUGAAGGUCAAAAUAUGUAUAAUGAUUGUUUUUUUAAUGUUGUUUUGAACGCGUAUCUACUUUGACUUAAGUUGAGUGUCUGAGGUAAUGGUGCUAAAUGGGAUUUAUAGCAAGUACCAUUGAUAUCAAGAUGACCAAACCAUUCCACUGUGACUGAUUUAAAGGAGGUCCUGAUUUGUGUUAUGUAAACGUUAUAGAAAAGGAAAGCCUGUAACCAACCAACCAAACAAACAAAAACUCUUUGUGCUCUUUCCUGUCCAGUAAGUGCUGUUGGUAAGGACAGGCACUAUAGGUUGAUGUCAUCUAUUGUUUUAGAAGUCCAGCUCACUGCCUGUCAGCGACCACUCUUUCCUGUGGAAGACGGGUCCCAGGUCCUCCAACAUAAGAGCAGCUACAUCUGUUCUGAUAUUCAAAGCCACGCGAAAAAGAUAAAUGCUGAAAACAAUGGCUGCUCCACUGAUACCAUCUGAGAGACGCAGAAUGUGCACACCACAUCCGCAUAGGUUGAUAAGGCAAGUAUUAGUGAGGGGCUUAACAUACGUGUAACGUGAACACACACACUCAGGGGGCUCUGACAAUGAGAUUGGACACCACAUUCCAGUGACCUACAGUUGUACAGAAGGAGCUGUGCGUAACCAGUUGCGUUCAUGCAGAGCAGAUGUACCAGCAUAUGAAAAACCGCAGACCUUGUUAGAACACAUUUGGUGUGUACAGAUAAGAUCUGUUAUGUCAUCAGGUUGGCUUUGCAAAGAAGCUCAAGUAAGCUCAUUUGAAUGCUGACAGAGAAAGAGAAAACGAUGGACAGUGACAUUCUCAGGGGUUGUAGCCUGUAGUCAAAUUUGUUAGGCGUAGCUCUCUUUCUCUCUAACACCAAUGCACUGUUUGUAGUGGAUGUAGGAGGAGAAAGAAGAAUCACUGGAUGUGUGGCACAUGUGUACCUUAACAUACACACACCCAUAUAGCAAUAAUGCCAUUUCUCUUAUAUGAUCUUAAGCAAGGUAAGACUAAGCAUAUUCAAUAAUGCUGACUUGUAGUGACAGCUUGAAUGUAAAGAGUGAUAUGCAACUCAUGUUCUUGUGCAUCAUUUAUUUUUCCAGUCCUGUCUACCAUUACUUAACUUAGCAAGCACAAUGUGUGAUUCUUAACAAAUGUUCUUUGUCUCAGUUAGACAUGCGUCUUGAGCUACACUGUUGUGUUUUUAGUCACACUUUGUUUAGUCUAGUUUGAAUUAAUUAAUUUAAUUCUGCAUAUAAACAAUGUUGCUUUUUAGUUAUUUUUAAACAAACAGUAUGUGACCUUUUUUCUGUUCAAUUCUGGUCAAUUAGAUCCAUAAAUAGAGGAGUCAAUACAGGGACAAGAUACAAACAAGACCAAAGUACACAGUAUGUAAACAGUGCAAAGGGAGCUGGUUGAAAUGUCUGUUGGCACUGACUGAUUGUGGGAGUAUUUGGUGCAAGGAUAUUUAUUUGUGGCUUUUUAAAUAAAUUACUUUAUUUGU